AUGUCUUUCAUUGUAGAACAAUUUCUUCUUGUUCUCAGUUUCCUCGCUAUCUUGAUCUCAACACAAGAAAUCGCUUCGAAAGCUUGCGCAUGCUAUAAUCAGGGUAUUUGUGAUCCCCAGACUGGUUCAUGUAUUUGUCCAGCAGGUUUUCUUGGUCGGCAGUGUGAACAGUCGCAGCCAACAACUCUAUGUAAUAAUGUUGUUUGCAAAAAUUCAGGAGUAUGCAACAUACUCUCGGCUACCGAAUCUAGUUGCUGGUGUUUGUUAGGGUUUCACGGUGAAUAUUGUGAGCGACAACAAGCUGCUUCCCGAUGUACGCAAGUUCAAUGUCAAAAUGGUGCAACAUGUUAUGAACAUUCACCGGGCUCAAGUGUUUUUGCCUACUGCGUAUGUCCACCGGGAUUUACUGGACGAUUCUGUGAAACAGAAUACUUCCGUUGUCCGCAAGCAGGUACUUUCGCGGAUGAAUACAAAUGUGCCCAAGGCUUUUAUUUCCUUUGCGAUUAUUCGAACCGUCGUAUCGCUGGUCGAUGUCCUCGAGGACUUCGAUUUAAUCUGAUGAAAAUGUCAUGUGAUCACUCCAGUACUGUCACAUGUCCUAAUAAAUAA